UAUAUAUAUAUAUAUAUACACACCUCAUUGUAAGCAUUCCAUCUCUGGUCACCACUAGGAUCUGCCAUCACUAGUAUGAAAGCUGAUGACAUGCAGCCUAGGAAUAAAGCAGGAUGGUUUUUAGGUGAUGGGGCUUUCUUUGAGCCUUUGACCCUUUAUUUCAGGGGUGGAGGGGUUCACAGCAUUGGGGGCCCAUCCAUGGCUCAUGAGUGUGACUAAUCUUCUUCUGACCGUUACACAUAUUGCCGUACGAUGUUUUGGAGUCAGAAGGUGUAUCCAGAAAAACAUGACGCAGCCAUGUUGGAAAACGUAUUCCACAGUCAGUCACAGGACCUCCGCAUUGCGGCAGCUGCAUGAGUUCAAAACCCCACCCAACUACAGUGGCCAACUGGCGCAUGGUUUUGAAGGGCCUUCCAAAUCUACAUUUCUUCACUCUUCAGAAACUUCAGGUUUUCUAAGAAUGUGGAUGAGUAGGAUAAAACAUGGAUGCUUACGAACCAUAACUUCUAAAACUUCUACAACAGACGUCUGCAGCCAAGUCGAACUACUUGGUAGACAGUUCCCUCGAGAUGAUUACACUAAUGUCACAAGUAAAAUCUUAUCCUUGGUUGGGAAGAACCUGCACAACCAGAAGUACCAUCCAUUGUGGCUCAUAAAAGAGAGGAUCAAGGAGCACUUUUAUAGAGAAUUUGUAGGCCGAUUUGGUAACCCUCUGUUUUCUGUUUAUGAUAAUCUCAGUCCGGUUGUUACCACAGAACAAAAUUUCGACAAAUUACUUAUUCCAUUGGAUCAUCCUAGUAGAAGAAAAGGUGACAAUUACUAUUUGAACAAGACACACAUGCUGCGUGCUCACACCUCAGCCCAUCAGUGGGAUUUGAUGCACUCUGGACUGGAUGCAUUUCUUGUGGUGGGGGAUGUCUACAGACGUGACGAGAUUGACAAGUCUCAUUACCCAGUCUUUCAUCAAAUGGAAGGUGUCUGUCUUUUCUCAAACCAUGAGCUGUUUGCAAAGGUCGAAAAUAAUGACACAUGCCAUUUGUUUGAGAAUGGUUUCCGCACACCCAGCAAACAAGAGAGCCAUACACUGGAAGCCAUGAAGCUUGUAGAGCAUCACCUAAAGCAAACACUCUCCAAACUAAUCACUCAUCUGUUUGGUGAAGGGCUGGAGAUUAGAUGGGUGGACUGUUACUUCCCCUUCACUCACCCAUCUUUCGAAAUGGAGAUCAAGUUUCAGGGAGAAUGGAUGGAGGUAUUAGGAUGUGGUGUCAUGGAGCAGGAGUUAGUGAAUUCAGCUGGCGCUCAGGACAAGAUUGGAUGGGCAUUUGGUCUUGGAUUGGAGAGAUUAGCCAUGAUUCUUUACAGUAUUUCUGACAUUCGCUUGUUCUGGAGUGAAAGCGAGCUUUUCUUGAAACAAUUUCAUGUGUCCGACAUCAACCAGGCAUUUCAUUUUCAGGCAUUUAGCAAGUUUCCCUAUUUGAGCAAUGACAUUUCAUUUUGGCUGCCCAGUGAAGGAUAUCUGGAGAAUGAUUUUUAUGAUCUUGUCCGUAACGUCGCAGGAGAUAUUGUUGAAGAAGUGUCUUUGGUUGACCAGUUUACACAUCCAAAGACCAAAAGAGUCAGCCAUUGUUACCGAAUUAAAUAUCGACACAUGGAGCGCACUCUGACACAGGCAGAAGUCAGCUUAGUACAUAAUAAAAUUGGCAGCUUGGCAAUAGAAGAGUUGGGUGUGGAAGGAAGAUUUUAAGAUUACUCCAGUGUUUUAUUUCUCUUUCCAAGCAAAUUAUGUCAAAUUUCAUUUAAUAUCACAUCAUUAAAUAUAUGAUUAAAAGUGUUUGUUUUUCUAGUUGUUUUUUUUUUUUUUUUCCAAAAAAGAUUUACAACAUUAUUGUGUAGAAAACUAUCCAAUAUAUUGAAACGUGUAUGUCUACUCAUUUUAGAAUUUCCUAAAUUUCUAAUACUGUUCAUCUCAUGACACUGAAGACCAGUGUGACUGUGUCCAGGGGCGUAACUACCAUAGCUGCAGACAAUGCGACUGCUAUGGGGCCCAGGGCAAGAGGGGGCCCAGUCUUAGUUGGGAUUAUCUCCUCUUCUGCUGGAGGUGAAAACUUGGUUAGGACUCUAAAGGAACAAUUUUAGCAAAAGAAGCAGUGGAAAAAUGGCCUAAGGGUCAUUGAAAAGGCUUUACCGAAACCCUUCUGUCCUUUGUGGGGAGCCUGGUUUGAUCCUUGCUAUGGGGCCCUUACUUCUCUAUGUACGCCACUGUCUGUGUCUUGAAGAAAUCUCAUCUAAUUUUCAUUGCUGUCCCUUCUACCCUUAAACCUUUUUCCUUGACCAUCACCUAACUUGAUACGGAUAUAAGAAUUUUUUUCAUUUUUGUAAUGAUUGUAUAUACCAGAAAAAAUUUUGUGAUGAGAAUAAAUUCUUUUGAUCAUU